AUGGACGGCCCAAAACAUCAAGCCUAUGGGGUUCCCCCACAAGGCGAGGAAGACCACGACGCCUUUCAGCAGGCUGCCGAAAUUGCCCGCUGGUCCAAAGAGUUGCAUCUCAAUGAGAGGGCUGCCUCCGACCUGUACGACAAGAACCACGACCUGAUCAUGCAGUUUCUCGGGACGAAUCCCACACUCUACGUUGAGCUUCUCAAGAUUAUUUGCGACAACAAGAACCUGAGGCGGGAAAAGGCACAGGGGAUCUAUGAGGACAAACUUACACAGUACAUGCAGGGCCACAAAAAGGAGCCAGAGGACCCUGAAAAGAGCAACCAGCACGUCGAACCACAUACAUCUCCAGCACCCCCACCGGCCAGCAUGCCCUCGUCUAUCUCGGCCGUUCCACAAGACACUUCCAGAUGCAACAGCAUAUUGCUAGACAGCAUAGAAGUGGUCUCCCCAGCACCGUUGCCAGAGACUCGACCUGAAGACCUGGCCGACGCGGUGGCCGAUGCGGCACCUAUCAGCAAGGACCAGACGGCCAGGGAAAGCCAGCAGCCAGCUUCCACGCCAGCGGUUUCUGCCAUCGCGCCGAGCGAGGCACCGCAAACAGCAGACGACAAACUACGCAGCGCUGCGUCAUCGGCCUACAAUCAUACUGAUGAGGCGCCGAAGGACAUGAACUCAAAUAAACGUCCUGCCUCCACCGAGCUCCAACAGCAGCCAGCAGCAAAGCGGCCGAAGGAGCACAGCAAUCCGCAGGCUGUGCCAGCGAAGCCAGCUGGCGACCAAAAUGGACAACCGGAUCACAAGAAGAAGAAGAAGAAGAAGCACAGCCUCAAGGCGUCCCAUGCUACACCACUGACAGAUCGAACGAUCACGUUCGACGAGGUAGCGAACAACCAGAUGCACUACGACACCAUCGUAGAAUAUCCUCCAGGAUGUGGCAACUACUACAUCUUGUUCUGCAAGGAGCAUAGUGUUCAUUUCAAGUACAAGUUGCCCAUCGGUGGCGCUGCCAAACACCUGUUCAGCCCACUCCACGGCGAGCCUAAAAAAAGUUGGCCUCGUGCUGUCGAAUUGUUAGGCUAUCUUGUCACAGGUUGUAACGAUCAGCUCAAAACCGAGCACAAUCGCAAGGUCGAGAAAAAGUUCGAGUCAGGGCAUAUCCCCCAGAACCAAAGGUCAAAGUUCUUGCCGCCAAAGAAGCCGCCACAAGCGAAGCCGCCCGCGCCUCCAGCAGCCAAAGCACAGAUGCAAACACCAUCUACUCCCAAGCCUUCGGCUCCAGCCCCCGGUGACAGACCGAAGGACAUCACGACACCGCCCUCGGCGUGGGCUAACGGCAUAUUUUACCCUAAGACGUUCCACAUCUACCAGGCGAAAUGGGGUACUGGAAAUGGUGCUACUCAUUAUCCCGUCAUGAUCCUGGACUGGGAUUCUCAGGCGGACAGCGGACUUGGCGGGACACUCAACGACACCCAGCUCCUCGACGCAGGGGGUGACCCGCCGGGUUGUUAUCAAUACGACCAGCCAGUCGAGAAGAUCAUCGGUUGGGAAGACGGAUAUGAGGAUGGCGGCCCCAAGGUUGCGUCGCGCAAAUUCCCCGUUCUCUUCUUCGAUGCACAAAAGUCAGCCGCAUGGAUAUUCGGCCGCAGCUUGAAGAGGUAUCCCCUCUACGAGGAUCUGCAGGAUCAAAAGGAGCGAAAGAAACAGCUCGAGGUCCGUAGAUGGAUCGCCCGCAGAGAGGGGUUCACUACAUGGAAAGAACGUCAGACAGUACAACCAGGGGCAACAUUCGAUGAGGCUCGUCUUAACCUUCCCCAAGACGAGAGCUCUCCCCAGAUUCCCUACACGCGAUCGCCUUCCGUCGCUACGACUCUAGAGCAGUCUGUGCAGAUAACUAACCCCGAGGAGGACGUCGAUGGCGGUAGUGAAGCCAUGGAUAUGGACGACUCGGACUCUAGUCUCGAUUGCGAGACGUCCCAAGAUGCAGAGCUAAAAAAACUGCUAGAGACGGCAGGCGAAAUCCCAGGAGAUCAGGACUACACCGAUUCGCAGGAAACGGCCGAUCCUGACCUCGACAUGGCGGACACGGCCUCGCCCUCGAAGGCCUAUCGGAAGUCAUUUAUCUCGACCCGCAGCACCGAUAAGGGCGAUACGGUACUUGUGACAGCCUCCUCUGGUCGACUGAGAGGCACACCCGCGAAUGUGAGCCGAGGCCGCCCAGACUACUGGCACCGAGUUGCUCCAAAGACCGCAGACAAGUCCUUCAAUCCAGGCGAGCCAGACUACGAGCCCAGCAAGCGUUCCAACAUGUCUCCCGUCUGCGUCUGCGUUUACGCAGGGGGAUAG